AUGCCGAACACUUCUUCAAGUGGAAGUUACCCGCAUCAUCACCUUCAGCACCAGCAACACCAGCAAGUCCACCUGCCGCAUCAUCAUCAGCUUGGCGCAAGUGGUCUAGUUUAUACUAACCAGUCCAACGUUCUUAAUUCCAACAAUCCCGAUGCUUGCUCUUUAUUUGACCCUGUCUCUAGCCGCCUGCCUUUGUCUCUGGGUGGCAAUCAAUCCUGUUCUGCUUCUAUUUCUAGCCUUCCUACUACGCCACCAGGCCAGUUGCUUUUUGCUGGCACUCUAACUUCACGACCUACGGCUUCAUCUCAAUCACCAUCAUCUUCUACAGUAAAUGCAACUUCUGUGUCUUCAAGCCAGCCACAUCAGACCUCUAUCUUUCCACCUGGUAGUUUGAAUGCCGCUGCUGCAGCUUCAAGCAUGAUGAUAAACACUCCUUCGCAUCUGCCUCCACCACCUCCGCCUCCUCCUCUUCAAACAUCAGGCCAACCUCAUCCUGCCAUUGCGUACGUCGCCGGAUUGGCCCAGCCUGAGGCUCUCCUGCAUGCACAUACCAGCCCUAGCUCGCCGGAUAUAUUCUUCUGGUCGCCAACAGGAAUACAGACCUGUGAGUUAGGCCCUCUCGUAUGCUUAUGGACUUGGCAUAGUUGA